AUGAAUGAUACUUCAUCUUCAUUAUUCCCUUCGCAAACGAAUUCCUCUUUGAGCUCUCCAAAAUUUCAAAAUUCAAAGUUUCAUUUCUCUUCAAUGGCUACUCAACAACCUCAAAUUUAUGGUGAGCAAGCAUUAGACCACAGAUAUCAUCAAUAUAUUGGUAGCAAUAAUAUGGAGACGCUCUUGAAUGCCAUCGAAGUAUCACCCGUAUCUCCUAUCAAUUUAUCUACUCGGAAAUUACAAAUUUUAAAACCAAAUAACAAUGGUUCAAAUACUUCUGUAUCACAUGAUGAAAUUUCGGACCAACGCUCUUACCAUCAAGAUGAACGUACUAGAUAUGAACAAAUUCGUAGAUUAUUACCGCCUCCAAUUUCAAAAAAUAUGCUUACUCCCGACGCAAUGUCUAUCUCUUCGUUGAUAGACUCGGACCAACCGAUUAAAUCUUCGUCACCCCUUACUCCUCCGGAUACGUCUUUAAUCUUCCCGGGUCUUUCUACGUCUCCGACGAAAACAUCCCCUGAUACUUCUCCGGUUCCACUAGCUUCUAUGCUACCGUCUGCACCUAUGUCAGUUCCUUCACCAACUGAUUCUAUUCCUUUCCCUCGUUUACAACCUUCACCUCCUGCAAAUAUUUUUUUAAAUACUUUUCCUCUUCCAAGUGUUAAUCAAGCAAUAGGUGAAGUUGAUCGUACGCGUAGUUCUCCUCCUUUAAUUCAAAAUAAAAAUCAAUCACAUUUAGUUUCAAACAAAAGAAAAUCCGAUUCAAUUGAUUCUUCCCUUAUAACUGGUACUUAUUUAAGAGAUACGCGUACAAAAAUACGUAGAUCAAUUGGUGAUACUAUAAUACAUAAUCCAUCGUAUCCUUCUGUUGAUGAUCCUUCAGAUUCUUCACAAAAUUUACUUCAAAAUGAUACAGUUAAUUCAACCCCUUUUCAUUUUACAACUGUUACUUGUUAUCAUGCGUCAGUUGCCCAAAAAUCUUAUGGUAGUGAAAAAAGAUUUUUAUGUCCACCCCCAGUCGUUAUUCUUGAAAAACCAAAUAAUUCUUGUAGAAAUUUACAUAUAAAACCAGAAGUUUCAAUGUCAGUUGUAUGUGAAACAGGUGAAAGAUCAAUGGAACAAAGGGCGAUGCUUGAUGAAAAUAUGAAGGGUACAUUUAAAUAUUUACAUGUUAGUGGAACCGCUAAAGCAAAACAUUUCACAUUGAAAUUAAAGAUUUUUCAUAAGAAUUCUACUAUUCCAUACGCCGUUUUUGAAUCAGAUCCUGUUACUAUUAUAUCGAAACCAUCUAAAAAAACUGCAAAAGCUAGAAAUAUUUCAUCAUGUAUUUCUUCUGGUGAUCAUAUUUCGCUUUUUAAUCGUAUUAAUUCACAAACUGUAAGAACUAAAUAUAUGGGUAUAGAAAGUGGAGAAUUAUGCGCAAAGAAUUCUACCGGAUCUUUUUCACCUAUAAGUUCAUCAAAGGGAUCACCAUCACCGAUUUCUUCCCCUGGAUCACCAUCCUCUAAUUCCGUAUGUUCAAAGACUCAAAUUACUUAUGGUUCAGAAGUAGUCCUUUCCGAUCCUACUACCGGUUUUGUUUCCGAUCAUUUAAUUAUUCGUAAAGUGGAGAAAGGUCGUAUUGCUCAAGGUGCUUGUGGACCUGUUAGUCAAAUGCAAAAAAUUGCCUUACAAUGCGUUCGUACGAAUAGUCGAGAAUCUCAUUAUCUUAGCGCAGCUGGUCCAAUAACGAUGGAUAGUCCACAAUUACAAGAUCAAUGUACUGUUAGUGGAGCAUCACCUUUUCUAGGUUAUCAAUCUUCUCGAGUAGUUCAUAUGCAAAAUGUUGAAUUUGCAAAAGAACCUUUUCGAUUGGUUUCAUCAAUUCAAAAUAAUAUUCCUUGUACGAAAUCUGAUGCAACUUCUACAAUUGUCGAAGAAGUUGAUGAUUAUUUAUGUUGGACUAUCGUGGAUUCACAAACAAUUCUCUCUACUCCUGCGUUUUUAGCAUUCUAUGAUGGAUAUAGAUCCUUUAAACGCCCACAUAAAAUCGUCAAGGCAAGUUUUGCUGUUUAUGAUUUCAUCGACCCCGAUAAAGAUGAUGUAAUUAUCGAUGGGGGUAACUCUCAUUUCCCAGAUUCCAUUCGUAAUGAAAAAAAAAAAGUUUCCAGUGGUGUCUCAGGUGGUGAAAAUGACGCUCAUCGUGGACUUUCACAUAAUGAAAUUAGCGAUGUCUUUGAAGAAUGGAAUAAGAGUGAACUUUAUUCCUACUUAAUUGAAAUUACUCAAAAUAUUGUUAGAUAUAAAGAUACAGACGGUAUGAAGAAAUCUGAAUUAUGCUGUGCUUUCCUUGGUAAUAUCAAGAAUGCUUGUGUUAACAAUCUAGAUCUUGAGAAUCUUCGAUCCAUUUUAAAAACUGCUAUUAAGGAUGCUCAAGACCUUGGCAUCAAGUUGUUUCACAAGCAGUUCUACUCAGUAUUCCUAUUCCCGCAUUAG